AUGGCUCUCAAACUUGAUGUUAGUAAAACCUAUGAUAAACUUGAAUGGGGUUAUCUCCGUGCUAUGAUGGCAAGGAUGGGCUUUGAUGGGCGAUGGAUAAACUUAGUUAGGCAAUGUGUUUGUUCGGUCUCGUAUACUAUCUUGCAUGGUGGGAAGGAGUUGGGACCUAUUGGUGCUCAACGGGGUUUGCGUCAAGGUGAUCCGUUAUCGCCUUAUCUUUUUAUUUUAUGUGCUGAAGGCUUCUCUAGUUUGCUGCGAAGUUAUGAGCAAUGUGCUACUGAGGAAGAAGCACACAAUGUUAAGGAGCUUUUGCACACUUAUGAGGUGGCUUCGGGUCAAAGAAUUAAUUUUGCUAAGUCCUCUGUGUUCUUCAGCAACAGUACAAAUUGUCAUCUUCGGGAUGUUAUUUAUGCUUCGUUGGAAAUCUAUGAAGCUGAUGAAAAUGGGUACUAUCUGGGCCUUCCAUGUUCGGUUGGGAGGAACAAGAAUGCUAUCCUCAGGUUUCUUAAGGACAAGCUUCGUAAGAGGAUUCAAGGUUGCGAGGGUCGUUUAUUGUCUCGUGCAGGGAAGGAGGUCUUGUUGAAAACUGUAGCUCAAGCCUUGCCAAAUUAUGCCAUGAAUGUUUUUCUUUUCCCUUUGGAAACUUGGAAACAAUUCUGGCAACUUUUAGUGAAUGACAGCUUGUUGGUCAGUAGGAUUUACAAGGCAAAGUACUAUGCACAGGGUAGUUUAUUCUCAGCUGAGUUGGGAGAUAACCUAAGUUUUAUUUGGCAAAGCAUCAUGGAAGUUAGAAGCCUGAUAUACUCGAGAGCUCAAAGAACUAUUGCUAAUGGGGUGAAUGUCUCAAUUCUUGAUGACCCUUCGCUCUCUCAUAACACUAAUGGCUUUGUUGAAACAAGGCAUCUUGGCCUUGUUAAUAAAACUGUUAGUUGCCUACUUCAGAUGGAUACUCGGGCCUGGGAUGAAGAUGUGGUAAGAAAUCUCUUUGUGGCUCGUGACCAAGAUCUGAUAUUUAGCAUUCAACUUAGUGACUUGACUGUUAGAGAUGGAUGGAGUUGGAAGUUUGAGUCUUGUGGCCAGUAUUCAGUUAAAAGUGCCUACAAGUUCUUGCAUGAAACAAAAGGAGCUUGGAGUGUGGAUGGCAAUACAGAAAUUGUGCAUCACGCCUUGGUGGAGUGUGAGUUUGCUACUGCUGCCUGGAAUCGCAACUCGGUGGAUGUUGGGGGUGGCUCUGCAACAUUUAGUAGUUGGUUGCUGCUAUUAUUUGGGAGGAGACGUGUUAGUGAGAUGGAGGAAGCAGCUGUGGUGAGUUGGGCUAUUUGGUGUCGCAAUAAUUUUGUUUGGCAACAAAAGAGUUGGGCUGCAUCAAAUAUUAUUGCAUCAGCGAAAAACAUGCUUGAUCAGUAUAAGUGUGCUCAAGGAAGGUCGGUUUGGUGUGGGUUGCGUAUCUCGGGAUCAUCAUGGUAA